AUAGUUUACCUCUGUGCCCUGAGGUCUGCAGGCCAGUGUGAGAGUCCCAGAGCCCCUGAAGCCUGGUCUGGUGAAACUCUAUCCUCCUUGGGUUUCCUGAUUGAAUGGGACACCCUUAAAUUUCACCUCACCUAAGAGGUUUCGGGGGUAAGAUCUUCAGUACUGGAUUAAAGUUCAGGAGGUUGUUCACCACAGAAGAGAAAGGCAAAACAACUCAAACCAGAAGAAAUGAAGGCCCCAAGGAAAAUCACAUUCUGCUUCGUGGUGGUUGUGAUUUGUUCUUCCGAGGCUACACUGAACUUGAACUCAGAGCCUACUGCCCAUUCUUUGAUUCUCCAUGAACAUGAACUAGCUGGGGAAGAGCCACCAAGGCAAAAACGAGCUGUUGCGGCGAGUGGUCCUGUGGCAGAAGAGUGCACUGUGGACAUCGAGAUCAGUUUUGAAAAUGUCUCCUUUCUGGAGUCUGUCCGAGCUCACUUGAACAGCCUCAGUUUUCCAAUUCAAGGAAACAGCACUGACCCAGCCACUGACAUUUUGAGCAUAGCAGUGACAACAGUCUGCAAACCUGCUGGAAAUGAGCUCCUGUGCUCCUGUGAGAAAGGCUACGCAUGGCCUUGGGACACGUGCCUCCACAAUCCCACAUGUCAAGAGCCUGACAGCACCCUCUCAGGCCUCUACUGCAGUUGCCUUAAAGGACUCCCUCCCCAGGGACCCUUCUGCCAGCUCUCAGAAGCAUAUAUUACCCUAAAAAUCAAAGUCAAACUGAAUGUGGGAUUUCAAAAUGACCUUAAGAAUACGUCCUCUGCCCUCUAUAGGUCCUACAAGACUGACUUGGAAAGAGCGUUCCGAGAGGGUUACAAAACUUUACCAGGAUUCAGAUCUGUGACCGUGAUGCAGUUCACCGAGGGCAGUGUGGUUGUGGACUAUGCAGUCCGGGUUACAACAUCACCGCUACCUGGGUCAAUUCACAAAGCCAAUGAACAAGUCACUCAGAACCUCAACCAGACUUACAGAAUGGACUACAGCUCCUUUCAAGGAGUGCCCAACAAUGAAACCAAGUUCACCGUCACGCCAGAAGUCAUCUUUGAAGGGGACAACGUAACUCUGGAGUGUGAAAAUGAAAUUGUGUCUUAUAAUGUGUCUUGGUACUAUGGAGAAAAUCGCUCUGACAUCCAGAACAGCAGCAGAUUCUUGAUUUACACCACGGUCCUCAAUAACAUGAGCUCAGUGUCCCGCCUCACCAUUUACAACUUCACUGAGCAUGAUGCAGGUGAAUAUGCUUGCAAACUGAUAUUGGAUAUUUUUGAAUAUGGGACCACUAAAAAAAUAGAUGUGACACCCAUUCGGAUUUUGGCCAAGGAUGAAAGGAAGGUGGUAUGUGACAACAAUCCUAUAUCGUUGAACUGCUGCAGCGAGAACACUGCAAACUGGAGCAAAAUUGAAUGGAAGCAGGAAGGGAAAAUAAGCAUUCUAGGAAACCCAGAAACAGACCUAGACUCCAGCUGCAGCACCUACACCCUCAAGGCAGAUGGAACUCAGUGUCCAAGUGGGUCUUCUGGAACCACAGUCACUUACACGUGUGAGUUCAUCAGUGCCUAUGGAGCCAGAGGCAGUAAGAACAUCGCCGUGACAUUCACUUCUGUGGGAGAUAAUACCAGCUACAAAGGGGACAUGCAAGAGGUCCUAAGGCACGUGAUGGGAGUGAGUACAGUUCAGAGCAUCACCAGGAACAGCCUAGAGACAAGUAAAGCCCAGGAACAGCAAGCCAACCUAACAAUAACCCCGGACCCAAUUUCUGUUUCUGAGGGACAAAGCUUUUCUAUAAAAUGCAUCAGCGAUGUGAGUAACUAUGAUGAGGUGUAUUGGAACACUUCCGCUGGCAUUAAAAUCCAUCAAAGGUUUUAUACCAUGAGGAGGAAUCAGGAUGGAGCAGAGUCUGUGCUGACAGUGAACAGCUCAACCCGGGAGUGGAAUGGAACCUACCAUUGCAUAUUUAGAUACAAGAAUUCGUACAGUGUUGCCACCAAAGAUGUCACUGUUUACCCACUGCCUCUAGAGUCAGACAUCAUGAGGGAUCCUUUGGAAGUCACUGGCCUGUGCACAAGUUCUCAUCAGUUCAAGUGCUGCAUAGAAGAGGAUGAAGACUACUCAGUAACUUUCCAUGUGGAUUCCUUAUCCUUUCCUGCCGCAAAAGAAGUGAAUGGAAAGCAGGUGUGCUACAAGUACAAUUUCGCACCAAGCUUACUUGGUUGGUGUCCAAAGAACAUCGACGUGUUUUGCCACUUUACCAAUGUUGCUAAUAACUCAGUCCGGAGCCCAUCCAUGAAGCUUUCCUUGGUUCCUGGGGAGAACAUCACCUGCUGGGAUCCUGUAAUAGGUAUUGGGGAGCCUGGAAAAGUCAUCCAGAAGUUGUGCCAAUUUUCAAGUGUUCCUAGAAUCCAUGGCCAGAUCGUCGGAGGGAUUGUUAAGUACAAAUGUAUGGGCUCCCAGUGGAAGGUGGAGAAAAAAAGCUGCAUCUCCCCUCCGAUCAAUGGUCUGCUCCAGCUGGCCAAGGCUUUGAUCAAGAGCCCCUCUCAGGACCAGAAGCUCCCUGUGUACCUUAAGGACCUUUCUGUGAGCACUGGUAAGGAGGAACCGAACAUCCGCUCAUCUCCAGGGAGCCUGGGAGCCAUCAUUAGUAUCCUUGAUUUGCUCUCAACAGUUCCAACCCAAGUGAAUUCAGAAAUGAUGAAGGACGUGCUGUCUACCAUUAACGUCAUCUUAGACAAGUCCACCUUGGGCACCUGGGAGAUGCUGCAACAAGAGUCUCACCAGAGCUCUCAGCUCUUGCAAUCAGUAGAAAGAUUUUCCCAAGCACUACAGUUGGGAGAUAGCACCCCCUCGUUCCUCUUCCACCCUAAUGUUCAGAUGAAGAGCAUGGUAAUAAAACGUGGCCACACCCAAAUCUACCAACAGAAGUUUGUUUUCACAGACUCCAACCUGUGGGGUGAUGUAGCCAUUGAUGAGUGCCAGCUGGGAAACUUACAGCCUGAUUCAUCUAUCGUCACCGUGGCUUUCCCGACUCUCAAGGCCAUCCUUGCCCAAGAUGUGCAGGAAACAGCAUCCUCUAACAGCUUAGUCAUGACAACCACCAUCAGCCACAAGAUAACCAAGCCAUUCAGGAUUUCCAUGACUUUUAAGAACAACCACCCUUCUGAUGGAAAGCCUCAGUGUGUCUUCUGGAACUUCAGCCUUGCCAACUACACAGGGGGGUGGGACAGCAGUGGCUGCUCUGUGGAAGAUGAUGGUAGGGGAGAUAGGGACAGAGUCCUCUGCAAAUGUAACCACCUGACGUCCUUCUCCAUCCUCAUGUCCCCAGACUCUCCAGGUCCUGGUACUCUUAUGGAAAUACUUCUGGAUAUCAUCUCUUACAUUGGGUUGGGUUUUUCCAUCUUGAGCUUGGCAGCCUGUCUAGUCGUGGAAGCCAUGGUGUGGAAAUCAGUGACUAAGAACCGAACUUCCUACAUGCGCCACAUCUGCAUCGUGAACAUUACUUCCUGUCUCCUGAUUGCUGAUAUCUGGUUCAUUGUGGCGGAUGCUAUCCACAAUGGUCGCUAUCCACUCAACAAAACAGCCUGUGUGGCCGCCACCUUCUUCAUCCAUUUCUUCUACCUCAGCGUCUUCUUCUGGAUGCUGACUCUGGGCCUCAUGCUUUUCUACCGCCUGGUUUUCAUUCUACAUGAUGCAAGCAAGUCCACCCAGAAAGCCAUUGCCUUUUGUCUAGGUUAUGGCUGUCCCUUGAUCAUCUCAGUCAUCACGGUUGGGGUUACCCAGCCACAGGAAGUCUACAUGAGGAAAAAUGCCUGUUGGCUCAACUGGGAGGACACCAGGGCCCUGCUGGCUUUCGCCGUCCCAGCACUGAUUAUUGUGGUGAUAAACGUGACCAUCACAGUUGUUGUUAUCAGCAAGAUCUUGAGGCCCUCCAUUGGCGACAAGCCCAGCAAGCAGGAGAAGAACAGCCUGUUUCAGAUCAGCAAGAGCAUCGGAGUCCUCACACCGCUCUUGGGGCUCACUUGGGGCUUUGGUCUUGCCACAGUGAUCCAGGGGAGCAGUGCAGUGUUCCAUAUUGUCUUUACCCUCCUUAAUGCCUUCCAGGGGUUAUUCAUUUUACUCUUCGGAUGCCUCUGGGAUCAGAAGGUGCAAGAAGCUUUAAUGAAUAAGUUUUCAUUGUCAAGAUGGUCUUCUCAGCACUCAAAGUCAACGUCCUUAGCUUCAUCUACACCCGCGUUUUCUAUGAGUUCUCCAAUAUCAAGAAGAUUUAACAAUCUUUUUGGUAAAACAGCAGCCCCAAAGGUCCCCCCAGGCAAUGAUGGAAACCCUGUUAGCAGUGGCAGUUCAUCAUUCUGAUGGGACGUAUAAUGUUUCCAGCCCAGAAACAACCAGCUCAUCCUUGGAAAAUUCAUCCAGUGCUUACUCAUUGCUUAACUAGGACCUGACAAUGCCAGCCCACGUGACCUCUCAGAAACAGGGGACAUGCUGUGAAAAAGUGACCUGCCCAAAGCUAUGGGUAAAGUGUUCUCUCUGCAGACUUAUGGGAGCAGACGCUGAAGAGCCCUUUUCAGUAGAGAAGAUGGUUUCUCAGACUGAAGGCAGACUAAAAGCAAUUGUGUUUAUUUUUGUCCUUACCUCUACCCCUCAUGUGAUACCAAAUGUGUAUAGUAUUUAAGAAAGACUCAAAUCCCCCAAGGACCAUCUAUUCUCUAUAUAUUGUAAAAUAGAAUCUUGAAGAGACUUUUUCACUAUUUUUGCUAUUGGCUACAAGAUAAGCUUUGAUGGAAAUAAUAUGUAAAAAGCUAGUGCCUAGGAAGUAAGACAGUGAAUUGAGUUACGGAAGGAAGAAGAAAGGGAGGGAGGGAGGGAGGAAGGGAGGAAGGGAGGAAGGAAAGAAAAAGACUAAUGGAGAUCACAUUAAGGAUCACAUUUUAAGAGUUCCGUGUUUGUGAUGUAAUAUAACCACUCAAAUACUGCAACAUUGAGGAUGAAAUAUAUGGCUCAGAAAUGUA